AUGCGGGCCUUGAAAAACCAGGAAGAAUUUCGAUGUCGCCUGAUACUGUUCGAUCUGGACAGUGGAUGCUGCCUGACCUAUCUCCAUAAGUUCCUCAUAUACGCCAACGAUUCGUCCUGUUUACCUUUCCAUCUCUCCAAAAUGUAUCAAGUCAACAACUUUUGGAUCCCGUCUUCAUCACUGUCCAUCUUCACAGACACCAUUGCUAUCACGUUUUCUUCACCCCUUAUCAUACCUCCUCAGCUUUACUCCCCCUAUCUCGAUUCGCGUACUACCCCCCGUUUUACCAUGCAUCUACGCUACUCCAUUCUUGCGGGCAUCGCCACUGCCUAUCUUGCCUUGGCCAGAAACAGAACUAUCAACUUCGACACACCUGGAACCAUCGGCAGUUGUGCAGACGUGGGAUGCCCUCGCGAUGAAAACGACAAUUACGUCUGCCCCCUCAACGGGCUACCGAACAAGGCCGUCGGCUUCUCCAGAAUUUCAACUCCUCACCUACCCCCAGCUCUUCAGAACCUCAGUCUUGCCUGGGUCCAGACCAACUGGAGGGAUAGCGAUCCAAUACCAAGAUAUCUUUUUGAAACAUUCUCGCUUACGUCGCCUCAUGGCUACAAGUUUGGUCGUGAUUACAACGGCUUCGAAGGCUGCGCUGUGUUCCUCCGCAACCGUUCGCCGGGAUUCCGCUUUGGCCAUCAGGAUGUGCCUUGGGACAGGGACAUGGGAACUUGCGAGGAAGCUCUGGGCUUCAACUGCGUCGAGGAGCUAAUCUUUGUUGCCGAGAGGUUCGACUUUGGAGAUCUCCCCCCCGAAGAGGCCUGUCCAGCGCUUUCCAAUGCGAUCUCCUCCAUGAACCCUGCCAAAUCAAGCUGCAGUUGGAGUCCCGAGGAUCGCACCAAUAAGAGAAUCUGGAACGAGAUCAAUGAAAGAGCCCUCUCCGGUUCCACAGCCAACAACCCCCUCGUCCUGGAUCCCGAAGAACCGGAAUGUUGGCCAGUUGAGCCCAAGUCGCUUGCUAUUACUCCAGUCAAGCAAUUCUCGGGAAUGGUCCGAGCGAAUCAAAAAGGAGGGAACCCUUUCUACAGAAUGACUCCCAUCUUGACCGUGUUUUAUCCGAGGAUUCCUUCCCACCUGGCCAACGGCACGAACAACCCCUACCUCUUGUCCGACCACGAUGAAGCACGUCCUAGGGCCCAAAUGACGUGCCUGAAGGUUGUCUCCCGUGCCCCUGGCUUGGUGCCGCUGGCCGGUCUGCGGCACCGCCAUCUGGAGCUGGCCGUCGGACUAGUGGUAGGAGGGGCUCAGCCCCAGAAAACCCUCCAACACAGAGAGUUUAGAAACAUAAUGGCGGUUUCUGCAGACUGGCCAGUCAUCGUUGCACCGUGUGCCAAAAUGAAAGGCUUGCUCUCCUUCCCCGAGUCCUCGAGGGGCAUCUCUCAUGACGACUCUGAUUCUCAGAACGCCCCAUCUGUUCAGAUUUCCUCGCAGAGCUUAACGGAAAGUUGGCGACCGAUGCUCAUCGGCCAAUGCAAGGAUGUAAUCAACGAGGCAUACGGCUGCCACAACAAGGCCUGGCGAUUUCACUUGGAAGGAAACUUGCCGCCGGGACGGAAAAGGAAAUUGAUCAUCAUCAGGAUCAAUGGGUAUAGCCUGCCGGAGCUGCCCCUCCCCCCUGUCCCGGCGAGCAAGAAGGAGAGGAAAGACCCCUACACGCGUCCCCCCACGGGCUUGAAAGUCUAUCAACUAUCAUAUUUCUCUUGCAUGUUUGUGGGGUCAGGCGGCACGGGACGCUCAAAGCGGUAUGGGUCGUCUGGUCUGAGCUUGCUGGGCCAAGGCCAGGAACAAGUGUUUGCCGUCCGCUGCAAGACACAGACCGCAUUCCAAGGCGUCGGCACGCGGGCCGUGUUUCUAACCGACCUACAGGUUGUAAGGCGGAAGGCUGUUGUUGUAUUCAGCGGCCAUCUCCGGAUCGCCAGCGGUAACUUGAUGGGCCCCACGACCGACGAGAGCAUGCUGUACGUUUCACGGCUUGGAUGGUAUAUGGAAGACUGUAUAUGGCAAUGGGUCAAUGCAGCAUGGCCCCCCGUGGCUUAUCGCCAUGUGCCGUGGUGGAGGACAAUGAGGAACCAGGGCGUGGAGAUUGGGAAGUUGGAACCAGUGGCAGUUGGGUAUCGCCGUAUCAGCAAGGGCUCCAGGCAUUGA